GAUUGGGCCAGCCAGUCUAUACACUACUGCCAGUGAUGGUCUGAAGCCUGAUGGCAUUCUGUUGUGUCAACAUUUCCAAUGCCCGUCUGUUGGAGCCUGGUGAGAUCCACAUGUUUUUGUCAUCACUUGUCAUGUGCAGGAACUUCCGUGUGUAUCGCAAUGUCAAGAUUAACGAGCUUGCCGCUGGCAUAGCGGACAAGGUCUAGCUGUCACCUACGCUAUCAGCCUGACUCGGAUUUCCUAAGAAGUUGGCAACCGU